AUGAACGGUGCUACGGAAGUCACCAGGAGGCGGGUCCAAAAUGGCAGCCACGGCGGGUCGGCGGCUGAAAAGACUACAGAACCCGCGCAGUGGGGGAGAGCCUGGGAGGUGGAUUGGUUCUCCCUGCUAAGCGUGGUAGCGCUGCUGUGCUUCGCGCCGUUCAUCGUCUUUUUCUUCGUCAUGGCCUGCGACCAGUACCAGUGUUCCGUCACGCAACCCUUCCUGGAGCUCUACAGCGGCGAGAGCACCCUGUUCUCCAUCUGGGCCCGGGUACCCUUCGUCACUUGGUCGGCAGUAAAGAUCUACGCAGUAUGGGUCGUCUUCCAGGUGGUGUUAUACAUGUGCGUGCCCGACAUCCUGCACAAAGUCCUCCCCGGUUACGUCGGAGGAGUCCAGGAAGGCGCUCGAACCCCCGCAGGCCUCAUCAACAAGUACGAGAUCAACGGGCUGCAGUGCUGGCUCAUCACGCAUGUACUGUGGCUGGCUAACGCCCGCUACUUUCUAUGGUUCUCGCCCACAAUCAUCUUCGACAACUGGAUCCCGCUCAUGUGGUGCGCUAACGUGCUGGGUUACGCCGUAGCCACCUUCGCCUUCGUGAAGGCCUACUGGUUCCCCACCAACCCGCAGGACUGUAAGUUCACGGGGAACAUCUUCUACAACUACAUGAUGGGCAUCGAGUUCAACCCGCGCGUGGGCGAGUGGUUCGACUUUAAGCUGUUUUUCAACGGGCGCCCUGGCAUCGUGGCUUGGACGCUCAUCAACCUUUCUUACAUGGCCAAGCAGCAGGAACUUUAUGGACACAUCAGCAACUCCAUGGUUUUGGUUAAUGUCCUGCAGGCUAUCUACGUGUUGGAUUUCUUCUGGAACGAGGCAUGGUACCUUAAGACCAUCGACAUUUGCCACGACCACUUCGGCUGGUACCUGGGCUGGGGGGACUGCGUUUGGCUGCCGUACCUCUACACGCUACAGGGUCUUUACCUGGUGUACCACCCGGUGCAGUUGGCCCCGAUUCACGCUCUGGCCGUGCUCCUGCUGGGCUUGACGGGCUACUACAUCUUCCGCGCCACUAACCAGCAGAAGGACCUGUUCCGCCGCACCGAGGGCGCCUGCACCAUCUGGGGUCGGCCCCCUUCCUACAUCGAGUGCUCGUACCGCUCGGCCGACGGCGGCGCGCACCGCAGCAAGCUCCUCACGUCAGGUUUCUGGGGCGUGGCCCGACACUUUAACUACACGGGCGACUUGAUGGGAUCGCUGGCGUACUGCGCCGCCUGCGGAUUCGGACACCUUCUGCCGUACUUCUACAUCGUCUACAUGAGCAUCCUGCUGGUGCACCGCUGCGUGCGAGAUGAGCACAGGUGCGGAAGCAAGUACGGCGCCGACUGGAAGCGCUACACGGACGCCGUCCCUCACCGACUCCUGCCCGGGAUCUUUUAG